AUGGGCAGGUCGAGGAGAGGGGUUAGAUUUCCCCACAACACCGGCCAAAGCAACGGCUCCGAAGGCCGCCGCUCAAGCUUCAGCGAUGCCAGCGAGGACGGAAGUGGCUCACCUACGCGGGUUCGAGUCAAGGCACAAACCCAGCUGGCUUCCGUCCAAGAGAAACCUCCCACUCCCGAGGAGGAGUAUCAGAAGAAAAAGGCAAACUUCAUCACGCGAACCUUCUGGACGCUUUGCAUGCUGGCCGCCUUCUUCACCGCCCUCUUUAUGGGCCACAUUUACAUCAUCAUCAUUGUCACCAUGAUUCAGAUCGUUUCCUUCAAAGAGGUCAUCGCCAUUGCCAACGUCCCGAGUCGCGCUCGAGCCCUUCGAUCCACCAAGAGCCUGAACUGGUACUGGCUAGCCACCACCAUGUACUUUCUUUACGGUGAAAGCGUCAUCUACUACUUUAAGCACAUUGUCUUGGUCGACAAGGUGCUGCUGCCACUUGCCACCCACCAUCGCUUCAUCAGCUUUAUCCUCUAUGUCUUUGGCUUCGUCUUUUUCGUCGCGUCGCUCCAAGCCGGGCACUACAAGUUUCAGUUUACCAACUUUGCCUGGACGCACAUGGCUCUGUACCUCAUUGUGGUUCAAGCCCAUUUCGUCAUGAACAACGUGUUUGAGGGAAUGAUUUGGUUCUUUUUGCCCGCUGCCCUCGUCAUCACCAACGACAUCUUUGCCUACAUCUGCGGCAUCGCCUUUGGUCGCACGCAGCUCAUCAAGCUGUCGCCGAAAAAGACUGUCGAGGGUUUCGUCGGGGCCUGGAUCACCACGGUGCUGUUUGGGAUGGUUCUAGUCAACUUGAUGAUCCGGUCAAAGUACUUCAUCUGUCCCGUCAAUGAUCUCGGCGCCACCAUCUUCACCGGUCUGGACUGCGACCCCAACCCCGUCUUCAUUCCUCGCACUUACCACAUGCCCGACCUUUUCUUCCUGCCGCAAAAGUUGAUGAACCUGUCUUUUACGUUUGCGCCCGUGCAGAUCCAUGCCUUCAUCCUUGCAUCGUUCGCAUCUCUAAUCGCGCCGUUUGGCGGGUUUUUCGCCUCGGGCUUGAAGCGUAGCUUCAAGAUUAAAGACUUUGGCGAUUCCAUCCCAGGACACGGAGGCAUGACGGAUCGCAUGGACUGUCAGUUCAUCAUGGGUUUCUUCGCAUACAUGUAUUACCAUACCUUUAUCGCGCUUCACAAGGUCAGCGUGGGGUCGGUCCUGGAGACUGCGAUUACCAGCUUGAGCCCAGAGGAACAGAUUGAGCUGGUCAGAAGCAUGUCGAGGUACCUGGCGAAUCAAGGCGUGGUGUCGCAAAAGUUGGUCGAUUGUCUGGAGACGACCAUGAGCUCAUCAUGA